AUGCAGCGCGAUAGAGAUGGCGAAGAGCUAAGAGAACUUGUCCGUUCAAAAACAACAGAAACAAAACUGAACCUCGCAAAUUGCCACUUGACAAAAUGUCCGAUUUGGUUUCCGCUUACUCUCCGCCAAGUCCACUUGAAAAACAACUGUUUGACCUCCCUCCCCGGUUGCAUUUUCACAGACCUUCCAAAUCUCGUCUGGCUGGAUGUCCGAAACAACGAGCUAACAGAACUCCCGCCAGAUAUUCAACAAGCAGAUAAACUUGAAGACUUGCUUCUAGGCGGUAACUUUUUAAAACGUCUUCCUGCUUGCUUGGCGAAACUGAAAAAGCUUAAUGGACUUCAAUUACAACCCAACAAACAUUUAACCUCGCCGCCAAUCGAAAUCGUACAACAAGGAUUUGAGGUCAUCAUUGAGUAUUUACGACAACAAGUUGAUCCAAUUAUCGAGCCAGAAAAAGACGAAGAAAAAGAAUCGGAAAAAGCAGCAUCUUCGUCUUCCUCAAAAACAUCACUUUCCAGCUUUCAGAUGCCAAAAUUAAACAUGGGAACAAGCCAGACAAAAGUUAUGAAGCUCUCACUAAGAAAUCCAAUGACAGAAAAAGAACUCGCCGCAGCGAUGGAAAAGCAUCUCCUGGAGGACAAACUGCCUCUUAGGGACCGAAAAUUCGAGUCCCUAAGUGACAAGGAAAAAUUUGACCGACAAGCUGAACAAGAAAUGAUCCAAAGGGACGUCCAAAAACACAACGACCAGAUCGAACUGGAAAACUUCCGCAAAAAGUCAGCAGUGAUGAAGUCGUCGCGCAGUGAGCCCGGCGCGGAUUCGAAAGAAAUGUCCAAAAUACUCUCGCAUGAAGAAGAACGAAGCUCGGCUGAGAUUUCUCGCCAGACACCAACAAAGACCAAGAGCCUGACAUCUCCAUUCCAUACCGACUUGCCGUUUUGA